GUUGCUCCAGGACGCUGAGUGCAGAGCAGGGAAGACAGAAAAAUGGCCCUCGACAAUUUGAUUUUCGCCCAGUGCAUCCUUUAUUUUUUAGCUUUCGUUUUCGGUUUUAUCGCCGUGGUGCCUCUGUCUGAAAACACGGAGGAUUUCGGGGGGAAAUGCCUGCUGUUCACGCGGGGUAUGUGGCAAAAUGAAAACAUCACUGUGAUGAAGCAGCGCUUCAUCGUGGAGGAGUGGGGACCCGAGUCCUCCUGCAGCUUCAUCACUUUUGUCGGGAUAGCGUCCCUCAUCCUGUCCGCAGUGCAGGCUUGGAGGCUGCUGUUCUUUCUGUGCAAAGGACACGACGACUCCAUCUUCAAUGCCUUCCUCAACCUGCUCAUUAGCUCCCUGGUGGUGUUCACAGUCUUUCUGUCCAGCACCAUCGUUAGUGUGGGUUUUAACCUGUGGUGUGACGCCAUCACCGAAGGUGGGACUAUGCCCAACAGCUGUGAAGACAUGCAGGAUACUGAUCUAGAACUGGGUCUGGACAACUCUGCUUUCUAUGACCAGUUUGCUAUAGCUCAGUUUGGGCUGUGGGCCGCCUGGCUCACCUGGCUCGGGAUCACUGUGAUGGCUUUUCUGAAGGUCUACCACAACUACAGACAAGAGGACCUGCUCGACACCUUGAUCCACGAGAAGGAAUUGCUGCUCGGCCGCUCUUCACGCCGCGGCUCUGACCUCAAGACCGGCCUGAUUUAGAAAUCAGCAAGACGCACAAACAUACACGUUCAUUCACAGUUAACCAUAUAGAACCAUGUAGUCCUCUUGCCUGCCGUGACCAACACCAGUAUUCGCCUGUGUAGACAAUCAGAAUUGGUUGGCUUUUGCUCCCACGAAGAUGAAUUGAAUCAAAUCGACAGUUUUAGCUGUUUUCCAGAAGUAACUGAGAAUAAAAGCUACAGAUGGUUGUUAACCUUUCCUGUGCUAGAUUGAGAUAAUCCAUCCCUUAUUCAACCCCAACCCAGAUUUGAUAGUAUUAAAACUUUUUUCUUUUAAACAAAAAAAUACAUCUUUUAUCAAAUAUACGUUGUUGAUUAGUAAAAAACGGUAUUAAUGGUUUGGCCAGUUUGGCCGGUGGAUCUUGUCCUUGUGAAAUUUCUGCAUGGAUCUAAAGCAUGUAAAAUUUCUCAGGUGCUUUUUAGACAUAAAGGAGUUUUUUUUCUUCACCAAUAAAUGUGUUCCUAACUUAGGCUUCUUUUUUUCCUGCCAGUAUCCACAGUGCGUCUCUGCAAAGUGAGAACUGCAUGCUCCAGCAUAAACAGUGUGUGCGUUUGCAGCAUCUUUACACAUUUAUCAGCAGCUACAAAAGGUGUUUUAUAACAAAAAAAAGUAGAAAAAAAAAGACAAAUUGCAGCUCUACACAUUCGUGCAUUUGGCAGGCAGUCUAAAAGGCUUUUAGCAAUCUGUGUGAGAUAAGAAAACAGAUCCUAUCUUGUGCCAUUUAGCAACUCAGGCUUCUUCUGCACACUUUAUAGGCUACAAACCAAUAUACUCUAUAUUACUGUGACUAGACACACAAGUAUACCUGCAUGCACUUCUCCCUCUCCCUGUUAAAUCCCACGCUCACUUAUUGACAGAGAUUACGGGAAGAAAGGAAAGUCGGCCGCUUCACUUUGAUAGGCAAUGACAGUUUUUAUUUCAAAAACAACUGAAAUUAAAAAAGCAAAAAACGGUAGGAACUAAGAAAACCCUCCAUAAAGGCACUUCUUUCAAAGUGACCGUAGAUGUUUGAACAGCAGUGAAAUGCAGCUUUAAGCUAAAUGUGCAUCUACAGGACAUAAGCUCACUGGGUAUUGUUUUAUUGCUAAUGACGAUUUCGUUUGACAGUACAGAGUCGAGAGUAUUCCUUUUCUCCGGUACAUCUGCAGUCUACAGUCAAACGUGAGAUCUCCAAAAUAAAAGACAAACAAACUCGUUUUAUUUUGAGUUCCCUGAAACCUGUUGUAUAAAGUGUUUUAAUGGAAUAUAUGUGAUGUGUGUUAUUGCUCAUAAUGAGAGAUAUGUGGGAUGUGCAUCACUGUGCCCUUUGAUUCCUAUAAUCCAUUUAUGUGGUGAUUUGGCUGUUUGAAUUUGACUUGCCUUGUUUGAUAAAGGGACUCAUACAAUAA